CUCAGAGCACCCGUAUCCAUGAGAUGUGCUCAAGCAUGGCGGCCGUUUCCUCCUAUCAAGGGUCUUCCGGUUCGGCAUGUAGGUUUUUGGUCCAGGAGACCAUACGUCCCACACGCCAAUCGCCACUCACCAUUGUUUCCUAAACGUCACUUUGGUGUGGAAUCAAUCCCAGCCUUCCUCCUACCGCCUGUCGUCUUUGGGGGACUGUUGGUCACAUUAUGGACGUACAAGUGCUUCAUGAUGGUUCUCUUCCAGAACAAAAUCAUCUAUAUGCCUUCAGUCCCACCAUUUUCGAGAUCCGAAAAGGUUGACGAUUAUUCGUUGCAAUGUAAGCCUGUGGUAUGGGCGGAGCAUGACCUCAAGGCCGCAGAUGGAACUGCGAUCAAGAUUUUAGAAGGAUCAGUUGGAGCUUCUGUCGAGGCCGAGACGAACAAUCAUAUUGUUGUUCUGUAUUUCCAGGGGAAUGCCUCGUCAUUACCACCUCGGCUUCCCUAUCUUUCAAGGAUCUUGAAAGGGUUGUUGCAGCACCAAAACGGAAGACGGUACACGAUUGUCGCUUUAUCUUAUCGUGGUUUCUGGAAAUCAAGGGGGAGCCCUUCCCAAACCGGGAUUGAGCUGGAUGCCGAAGCGGCGUUGGAGUGGGUGCGAAGUCGGUACAACUGCGAUCACGCCAGGUUUGUGGUCUGGGGACAGUCGAUUGGUGCAGGGGUUGCAACUGUGAGCCUUGCGAAUCUAUCGAGACAUGGCGACGCGAACCUGCAACGAUUCUCAGGGCUCCUCCUCGAGACCCCUUUCGUGGAUUUGAAAGCAAUCCUCAUCGCACUUUAUCCACAAAAAUUUCUCCCUUACCGAUAUCUGGCCCCGUUUCUGCGGUCGACAUGGGAUAGCAAGACUGCUCUUCAUCAAAUCGGAAAGAGUAGACCAAAUAUGAGGGUGUUGAUUUUGGAGGCAGGUAACGACGAAAUUGUGCCUCCAGGACAAGCAGCCGUCUUGGAGCAGGUCUGUCGAGAAGAAAAACUAGAGGUGGUUCGACAAACCGUUGCUGGAGCAUUGCACACCGAGGUAAUGGUCAAAGGUCAGGGUCGGAGCCACAUAGUGAGAUUUCUUCAAUCCUUCUGAGCAGAUAAUAGAGCUGGAGCACGUUAUCCUGGAGUCGGCUGCAAGCGUCGAAAAAUGCAGCACAUUUGGUAAAACCGGGGCUCGUCUUCUGCACGGCCUUUCUGUUUGGCAGCAGGGACGGCGGCCAGGAGGGAAUCAAACCAAGGCGAUGUCUCAUGGAUCAUGCCUCGUCUUUCA